AUUGAGUUGCAUUCGGCAGUGUUUUAUUCUUUAUUGUUGGCUAGUGUGAAAACAGGCCAGACACAAGUAAUAGCAGUAUAGUUUGUUGCAAAGAGCAAUGGGAGUGAGAUCCCUUGUUUAGCUAUAGAACAUUUUCCAGUGCAACGUGCAUAAGCGGCGAGCGAUAAACGUCAGAAAAACUAAAAUAAGACACGUUUCAGAAGCUGAAAGACAGUGAAAAAGUUGCAUUUAGUUCGAUUUUUCUAUUGGAUUUGAUCUCAAACGCAUAAAAAUGGUUAACUUCACCGUAGACGAAAUUCGUGCCAUGAUGGACAAGAAGCGGAAUAUCCGUAACAUGUCCGUCAUCGCCCACGUCGAUCAUGGAAAAUCUACGCUGACCGAUUCGCUGGUCUCGAAGGCUGGUAUCAUCGCCGGUGCGAAGGCUGGUGAGACCCGUUUCACCGAUACCCGCAAGGACGAGCAGGAACGGUGCAUCACCAUCAAGUCGACUGCAAUCUCGAUGUACUUCGAACUGGAGGAGCAGGAUCUGGUAUUCAUCACCAACCCAGACCAGCGCGAUAAGGACUGUAAGGGCUUCUUGAUCAACCUGAUCGACUCGCCCGGGCACGUCGAUUUCUCGUCGGAGGUAACUGCCGCGCUGCGUGUCACCGACGGUGCACUGGUGGUCGUCGAUUGCGUGUCGGGCGUGUGCGUCCAGACCGAAACCGUACUGCGCCAGGCCAUCGCCGAGCGUAUCAAGCCGGUUCUGUUCAUGAACAAAAUGGACCGUGCACUGUUGGAGCUGCAACUGGAGGCUGAAGACCUGUACCAGACUUUCCAGCGUAUCGUGGAGAACGUGAACGUUAUUAUUGCGACCUACAAUGAUGACGGUGGCCCAAUGGGAGAAGUCCGUGUCGAUCCGUCAAAGGGUUCCGUCGGUUUCGGAUCCGGUUUGCAUGGAUGGGCUUUCACUCUUAAGCAGUUUGCUGAGAUGUACUCUGUUAUGUUCAAGAUUGACGUGGUGAAACUAAUGAACCGUCUGUGGGGUGAGAACUUCUUCAACGCCAAGACGAAGAAAUGGGCCAAGGUUAAGGAUGAUGAUAACAAGCGUUCCUUUGUUAUGUACGUGCUGGAUCCGAUCUAUAAGGUGUUUGACGCAGUCAUGAACUACAAGACUGAUGAAAUCCCGAAACUGCUCGAGAGGAUUAAGGUUACAUUGAAGCACGAAGACAAGGACAAGGACGGCAAGAGCCUGCUGAAGGUUGUGAUGCGUUCCUGGUUGCCAGCCGGUGAAGCUCUACUUCAAAUGAUAGCCAUCCAUCUGCCAUCCCCUGUUGUAGCCCAAAAGUACCGUAUGGAGAUGUUGUACGAAGGUCCACAUGACGACGAGGCCGCGGUUGCCGUCAAGAAUUGCGAUCCUCAAGGACCACUCAUGAUGUACGUGUCCAAAAUGGUACCGACAACGGAUAAGGGACGAUUCUAUGCUUUCGGUCGUGUGUUUGCCGGUAAAGUCGCCACUGGUCAGAAGUGUCGCAUCAUGGGUCCCAACUACACUCCCGGAAAGAGAGAAGAUUUGUACGAGAAGGCUAUUCAGCGUACCAUUCUUAUGAUGGGACGUUAUGUGGAAGCUAUCGAAGAUGUUCCAUGCGGUAACAUUUGUGGUUUGGUUGGUGUCGAUCAGUUCUUGGUGAAAACCGGAACCAUCAGUACCUUCAAGGAUGCUCACAACAUGAAGGUUAUGAAGUUCUCUGUAUCGCCGGUCGUGCGUGUUGCCGUCGAACCCAAGAACCCGGCUGAUUUACCAAAAUUGGUAGAAGGUCUCAAACGUCUGGCUAAAUCGGAUCCUAUGGUACAGUGUAUCAUUGAAGAAUCUGGCGAACACAUCAUCGCUGGCGCUGGUGAGCUGCAUCUAGAAAUUUGUCUCAAGGAUCUCGAAGAAGAUCAUGCCUGUAUUCCACUGAAGAAGUCCGACCCUGUCGUUUCGUACCGUGAAACCGUAUCCGAUGAAUCUGACCAGAUGUGUCUGUCCAAGUCACCCAACAAGCACAAUCGUCUGUUCAUGAAGGCUGUCCCAAUGCCGGACGGAUUAGCUGAGGAUAUUGACAACGGGGAAGUCAACUCGCGUGAUGACUUUAAGGUUCGUGCUCGUUACCUGGCCGAGAAGUACGACUACGACGUUACUGAAGCCCGUAAGAUCUGGUGCUUCGGUCCGGACGGCACAGGCCCCAACAUCGUCGUGGAUUGCACCAAGGGUGUGCAGUAUCUGAACGAAAUCAAGGACUCGGUUGUCGCUGGCUUCCAGUGGGCAUCCAAGGAAGGUGUGCUAGCCGAAGAAAAUAUGCGUGGUGUUCGUUUCAACAUCUAUGACGUAACAUUGCAUGCUGACGCUAUCCAUCGUGGUGGUGGCCAAAUCAUUCCGACCGCUCGUCGUGUCCUGUACGCCUCGUACAUCACUGCUGCGCCACGCAUGAUGGAACCAGUUUACCUGUGUGAAAUCCAGUGCCCAGAGGUUGCUGUCGGUGGUAUCUACGGUGUGCUGAAUCGUCGUCGUGGACACGUCUUCGAGGAAGCACAGGUGGCCGGUACGCCCAUGUUCGUCGUCAAGGCGUACCUGCCUGUCAAUGAGUCGUUUGGCUUCACUGCUGAUUUGAGGUCCAACACUGGUGGACAGGCAUUCCCACAGUGUGUGUUUGAUCACUGGCAAAUCCUGCCCGGGGACCCAGCCGAACCCAACACCAAACCAUACACCGUUGUCCAGGACAUUCGUAAGCGUAAGGGUCUGAAAGAGGGUCUCCCAGAUUUAUCACAGUACUUGGACAAAUUGUAAACACGACUUACUCUUAACAACCACACGAAUCAAACUAGAGGAAUGCAGCAAAUUCAGCUACAAUUAUUAUAAAAAAUAAUUUAUAAAUGUUUACAACAAAACUACACCUACACACUUUCAAUUGCCAGCUGACAAAAAAAGACCUCCCCUGCAAUUGUUUUCCGUCAAAUGUCCCCAGACUUCAGUGAUGAGAGUACGUAGUUCGUAUCAUGAGACAAAGAUUGGAUCAUCAUCCGUGCUGGCUUCGGAAACGAAGAUGCAAAACGCUAAACAACCAAUUCGAUCAACAAUAAUAAUGAAACCGUGAUACAAGAGAAUACAGAAGAUGAGAAAUCAUGUUGACAAAAAACGAA